CAUGUGGAGGGUUUGCCUCAUGGGCGCGCGAUCAUUGAAUGUCAUAGGUGCUUAAAACCAAGCGAUAGAAACGUUUACUUUAGCCUACUAAAAGAAUCUUCUUCGAUUUCGUUUAUAUUCAGGAAACUGGAACCCAAGGUUUCGCUUUAGGUUGGAAAACACAAAGAGGAUGGAACCAAAUGGGCAUGGGUCAGGACCUGCCUUUCGGUUCGCUAGCGGCUUUGGUAAAGUAUGUAGACCCAUCAGGACAUUUCGGCUUCCGGACAUCUACGAUCCUAAACCACCUCCACAAAGAAUUCCUGUGGCAAUACGGCCACCCAGCCCCAAUCCAGGUUCUCUUCAAGAGCCUAUCCAUCGCAGACUAUCCUUUGAGCCAGAACCGAAGCCCAUCAUGAGGAGGCGCGCAAAAUCUCUCUCGUCCUCCUCUCCAAAGGAACGUACAUGCAGAAACAUGCAAGUGCGUUUUGUGGAUUCUCUGGGGUUGGAACUGGAGGACGUGAAGUUCUUCAAAGCAAGCGAGGACCCUUUGGUGCCGACCCACGUGAUCACUAGACUGCUGGCAAGCGCAGAGCUCGCCUCCAAGAAAAACUUAGAGCUCUCCUUACCAUACUUCAAACCCUCCUUUCCUGAGAAUAAGGGUGCGGAACUGAAUUUCCCCGAGAGUUUGUGCCGUCAGCAAGUUUGCCUGGAUCAGGUGUUUUGCUCUGAGCUUGGAAUCAUGGGAACUGUGCAGGUACUGAACUUGGCGUUAGAGAAAGAGGUUACGGUGCGCUAUUCAUUCACAGACUGGAAAAGCAGCGCUGAUAGUAAAGCAUCCUGGGUCACCACCGUGCGCCGAGAUGAGCCCAAUCUUGAAUCAGACGUCUUUCGUUUCCACCUGCCUGUUCCACCUUUCAUCCUGCAACCAGGUGCCACGUUACAGUUUGCUAUCCGUUUCCGGGUCAGAGGAUCUGAAUAUUGGGACAACAAUGAUGGAUGCAAUUAUAAACUGAAAUGCCAGACGUACAAACUCAUAGUCCCCAGAGAGUGUGAAGAUAGUUUGGUGCAUUUUACUUGAGUCGUCAUUUGAGAUGUCAUGUGAUACAGUUUUACUGAACCUACAAAGUUCUUGAGUUGAAUGAAUUCAAAAUAUAAAGCUAGAGCUUUUACACAAACUUCUCAAUAUUUGACACAAAUAACAGUUUCAUUAAAAAAAUCUUACUUUUUGGAAUUUUACAGCUCAAAAGCAAUGUCAUACUCCAUCAUCACCUCAGAUACCUUUUUAUUACGUUGACCUUGCAAAACAGAAGUUAAUUUGCCUUCUCUCUUUGUGUUUGAUUUUAACCCCAAGACAUGUUGUGUUCUUGUUAUUUUAAUUCCCAUACCAUCAUUUUUUUAUCAUUUAUUAUGUUUCUAUUCUAAGUUUUCAAGCUACACAUGAAAAUAUGCUUAC